UUUAUUCUUUCUCGAGUUCCCAGCUUAUAGUUGGGGAGGACCUAACUCUAGCCUUCAACUGAAGCGAGACGUAAGGACAGUGAGAAGCUGGGUCCUCUUCUGGAGUCCUGCCAGCCUGACAUGGAAAUGGAGACAAACGACCAUUUUAACUUCACUGGCCUUCCCCCUGCACCAGCUGCCUCAGGACUGAAACCCUCUCCUUCCUCAGGCGAGGGCCUCUACACUAACGGGUCUCCCAUGAACUUCCCCCAGCAAGGGAAAAGUUUGAAUGGGGAUGUGAAUGUUAAUGGCUUAUCUACUGUAUCUCACACUACUACUUCAGGGAUUUUGAACUCUGCUCCCCAUUCCUCCGGCACCUCACACCUCCAUCACCCUAACGUGGCCUACGACUGUCUCUGGAACUACUCACAGUACCCACCUGCCAAUCCUGGCAACAACCUCAAGGACCCACCCCUUCUUUCUCAGUUCCCUGGGGGACAGUACCCACUCAACGGUAUCCUUGGGGGCAGCCGACAAUCUUCAUCCCCAAGUCACAACACUAAUCUUCGAGCUGGGAGCCAAGAGUUCUGGGCCAAUGGUACCCAGAGUCCCAUGGGGCUUAACUUCGAUUCACAGGAACUGUAUGAUUCCUUUCCUGACCAGAAUUUUGAGGUGAUGCCCAAUGGACCCCCAAGUUUUUUCACCUCCCCACAGACGUCUCCAAUGUUGGGAUCUAGUAUCCAGACCUUUGCACCUUCCCAGGAUGUGGGCAAUGGGAUCCAUCCUGAUGAGGCAACGGAGAAGGAGCUGACUUCAGUUGUGGCAGAAAAUGACACUGGCUUGGUAGGCAGCCUGGAGCUGGAGGAAGAACAGCCAGAACUAAAGAUGUGUGGCUACAAUGGUUCUGUCUCCUCUGUGGAGUCUCUACACCAAGAAGUCUCCGUCCUGGUCCCUGACCCCACGGUGAGCUGUUUAGAUGAUCCUUCACAUCUUCCUGAUCAACUGGAAGACACUCCAAUUCUCAGUGAAGAUUCCCUUGAGCCCUUUGACUCCCUGGCACCAGAGCCAGUGAGCGGAGGACUUUAUGGUAUAGAUGACGCAGAGCUGAUGGGUGCAGAAGACAAGCUGCCUCUGGAGGACAGCCCUGUGAUCUCUGCCCUCGAGUGCCCUUCUCUCGGCAAUGCUGCUGCCUUCAGUCUCUUGGCAGACGACAGUCAAACCCCAGCCUCUCUGUUUGUCAGCCCCGCCUCCCCGCCUGUCUUAGGGGAGUCUGUCUUGCAAGAAAACAGCUUUGACCUGAAUAAUGGCAGUGACUCUGAACAGGACGAAAUGGAGCCUGAGUCUUCAGACUUCCCGCCUCCCCAGACUGAGCCAGCCCCCGACCAGCCGCCUGCUGUUGAGCUUCAUCCAGCAGCCUCCUCACCUGUCCCUCCCGUAGUCUUCCCAGCAGCCCCUUCUCCCUCCCCUGUUCUCCCAGCAGCAUCUUUGACAGCUCCGGUGACCUCUCCUCAUGCCUGCCCUGCACCAUCCCCAGCCUUCCAGACAGUUUCCCCAGCAAAGGAAGAUGUCAGCAGGGUCCCAGAAGCAUCUUCUGCUGGUUUGGAAGAGGUCACUGGAGAACCUGUCUCCGCUUCUGGUAGUGGUGAUGUACUGAAGAGACGAAUUGCUACCCCAGAAGAAGUGCGUCUUCCCCUCCAACACGGGUGGCGGAGAGAAGUGCGCAUCAAGAAGGGUGGCCAUCGGUGGCAGGGGGAGACUUGGUAUUAUGGCCCCUGUGGGAAGAGAAUGAAACAGUUUCCAGAAGUGAUCAAGUACCUGAGCCGAAAUGUGGUACACAGUGUCCGCCGUGAGCACUUCAGCUUCAGCCCCCGCAUGCCUAUUGGAGACUUCUUUGAAGAAAGAGAUACACCAGAGGGCUUGCAAUGGGUCCAGUUAUCAGCAGAGGAGAUUCCUUCCAGAAUUCAAGCAAUUACUGGCAAACGAGGCCGACCUCGAAAUAAUGAGAAAGCCAAGAACAAGGAAGUUCCCAAAGUGAAGCGGGGCCGAGGUCGGCCUCCUAAGAUCAAAAUCCCUGAGCUGAUGACUAAAACGGAUAGCCGACUUCCAAAGAAACUGGAGACCCAAGAAACACCAAGUGAGGAGGAUAAAGCAAAGAUGAGUAAAACCAAAAAGAAGAUAAGGCAGAAGGGCCAGCGGGGAGAGAGUCAGCCUCCUGUUCAAGGGCAGGCCAGAAACAAGAGGAGACAAGAUGCCAAGAGCUUGAAGCAGAAAGACCCUAAGAAGAAACUCAAGGCUGAUAAAGACAAGAUGAAAGCACAGCAGGAAAAGGGGAAGAGGGAAAAGAAAGGACAGGCAAAGGCGAAGGGAAAGGAAGAGGUAGGCAAAGCCAAGCCAGCCUGGAAAGCAGAGAAGACCCUCGCCACACAGAGGCGUCUGCAGGAGCGGCAGAGGCAGCAGCUCAUCUUAGAGGAGAUGAAGAAGCCCACAGAGGACAUGUGUCUGGCUGACCACCAGCCCCUGCCCGACUACACUCGCAUCCCUGGUUUGGCGUUGUCCAGUAAGGCUUUCUCAGACUGCUUGACCAUCGUGGAGUUCCUGCAUAGCUUUGGCAAAGUGCUGGGCUUUGACCUUACCAAAGAUGUCCCUAGUCUGGGAGUCCUGCAGGAGGGACUCUUGUGUCAGGGUGACAGCACGGGCAGGGUGCAAGACCUGCUGGUGGAGCUCCUGCAGGCUGCACUCCAUGACCCCGGCCUGCCCUCCUACUGCCAGUCCCUAAAGAUCUUGGGGGAGAAGGUGUCCGAGAUCCCACUGACCAGAGACAAUGUGUCUGAGAUACUCCGAUGCUUCCUCAUGGCAUACAGAGUGGAGCCAGCCUUCUGUGACAGUCUGCGCACCCAGCCUUUUCAGGCCCAGCCACCCCAACAGAAGGCUGCUGUCCUAGCCUUCCUAGUGCAUGAGCUCAAUGGCUCCACCGCCAUCAUCAAUGAGAUUGACAAGACUCUGGUGAAUAUGUCUAACUACAGGAAAAACAAAUGGAUUGUUGAAGGCCGCCUCCGAAGAUUGAAAACGGCUCUGGCCAAGCGAACAGGAAGGCCUGAGGUUAUGAUGGAAGGGCCAGAAGAAGGCUUGGGACGCAGACGUAGUUCUCGGAUCAUGGAAGAGACCAGUGGCAUAGAAGAGGAGGGAGAGGAGGAAACUGUAGCAGCUGUCCCUGGCCGCCGGGCUCGAAAAGAUGGAGAGGUUGAUAUCGCAGCAUCCAGCAUUCCAGAGUUAGAACGCCAGAUAGAAAAACUCACUAAGCGUCACCUCUUCUUCAGAAAAAAGCUGCUUCACUCGUCCCAAAUGCUUCGGGCAGUCUCCUUGGGUCAGGACCGCUAUAGACGCCACUACUGGGUAUUGCCAUGUCUGGCUGGUAUCUUUGUGGAAGGAUCAGAGGGGAGCAUAGUUACUGAAGAUGGAAUGAAGCAAGAAGCUGAAUACUUGACAGAAGCAGGCACUUCAACACCCUGCUCAGCCCUAGUCUCUGCAAAGAAAGAGUUAACUGGCUCCGACAACCCUGCUUCUCCUGCCCGCGCACGAGGACGACCUCGAAAAACUAAGUCUGGGUCUCUGCAGCCUAGGCACCCUAAGUCUGCUCUUAGGGAACAUGAUUCAGAACAAGCCCAGACUCAAGUUCAGCCAGAGUCUCAGUCCCAUCUGCAGCUUCAGACUUCCACCCAGCCCCAUCUUCAGUCCCAUCCCCCAUCAGAUCAUGGGUUCCUAGAGCCAGAAGGCUCCCCUCUGUGUCUGGGUCAGAGCCAGCACGACCUCAGCCAGUCCGCCUUCCUGUCUUGGCUGAGCCAGACUCAGAGCCACAGCUCCCUGUUGAGCAGCUCAGUACUCACACCUGAUAGCAGCCCAGGGAAGUUAGACACCGCUCCGUCCCAGUCCUUGGAGGGGCCAGAGCCUGAUGAGGCAGAGUCCUGUCCUGAACCCCAAGGACCGUGGUUUAACUUCUCAGCCCAGAUACCCUGCGAUGCUGCCCCUACACCACCUCCUACGGCUUCUGAGGACCAGCCUGCCCCCUCCCUCCAGCUGCCUGUCUCCUCUAAGCCUAUGAGUACACCCGGUGCUGCAAAUCCCUGUUCUCCAGGGAAGGUCUUGUCUACCCACCUGCCUGUAGGGGGCACUAAAAGGCCAUCAGGAGACUCUGAAGAAAUGCCACAGAGUCCCACAGGGCUAGGACAACCAAAACGGAGAGGAAGACCUCCUAGCAAGUUCUUCAAGCAGGUGGAGCAGCAUUACUUAACCCAGCUGACAGCCCAGCCUAUCCCCCCUGAGAUGUGCUCUGGCUGGUGGUGGAUCCGAGAUCCUGAGACACUGGAUGUCGUGCUCAAGGCACUCCAUCCCCGAGGCAUCAGGGAGAAGGCGCUUCACAAACACCUUAGCAAGCACAAGGAAGCCUUGCGGGAAGUUUGCUUACAGCCCUUAAUUGAUCCCAUCUUUGAGCCCCAUCAGCUGCCUGCCAUGGAGGAAGGAGUUAGGAGCUGGUCCCCCAAAGAGAAGACUUAUGAGACUGACCUAGCUGUGCUUCAGUGGGUAGAGGAGCUGGAGCAGCGGGUGGUCCUGUCUGAUCUGCAGAUUCGGGGCUGGACGUGCCCUAGCCCAGACUCUACCCGAGAAGACUUGGCCUACUGUGAGCAUCCACCUGACUCUCAGGAGGAUAUCCCUUGGAGAGGACGGGGCAGGGAAGGUACCAUACCUCAGCGGCAAAACACCAACCCCCUGGACCUCGCUGUGAUGCGACUGGCUGCUCUGGAACAGAAUGUAGAACGGCGUUACUUGCGGGAGCCCCUCUGGGCAGCCCAUGAGGUGGUAGUGGAGAAGGCCCUGCUGAGCACACCCAACGAUGCCCCUGAUGGCACCACCACUGAGAUAUCAUAUGAGAUCACCCCCCGUGUCCGUGUCUGGCGGCAGACCCUGGAGAGGUGCCGUAGUGCAGCCCAAGUGUGCCUGUGCAUGGGCCAGCUGGAAAGGUCCAUUGCAUGGGAGAAGUCUGUCAACAAAGUGACCUGCCUCGUCUGCCGAAAGGGUGACAAUGAUGAGUUUCUCCUGCUUUGUGAUGGGUGUGACCGUGGCUGCCACAUUUACUGUCAUCGGCCCAAGAUGGAGGCUGUCCCAGAAGGAGACUGGUUCUGUACUGUCUGCUUGGCCCAGCAGGUAGAGGAAGAAUUCUCUCAGAGGCCUGGUUUUCCAAAAAGAGGCCAGAAGCGGAAAAGCAGUUUUCCAGCGAACUUCCCAGAGGGUGACAGCCGCCGACGGCGGGUGCUGUCAAGGAACCGAGAAAGCCCAACAGUGUCUCAGUGCCCAGAAGAUGGGCUGUCUCCCUCCAAGAGACGGAGAUUCUCGAUGAGAAGCCACCACAGUGAUCUCACAUUUUGCGAGAUCAUCUUAAUGGAGAUGGAAUCCCAUGAUGCGGCCUGGCCUUUUUUGGAGCCUGUGAACCCUCGAGUGGUGAGUGGGUACCGGCGAGUCAUCAAGAACCCCAUGGAUUUUUCCACCAUGCGAGAACGGCUACUCCGGGGAGGGUACACUAGCUCAGAGGAGUUUGCAGCUGACGCCCUUCUGGUUUUUGACAACUGCCAGACCUUCAACGAGGAUGACUCUGAAGUGGGCAAGGCUGGGCACAUCAUGCGCCGCUUCUUUGAGAGCCGCUGGGAGGAAUUUUAUCAGGGAAAACAGGCCAGUCUGUGAGGACCACCUUGUGUCUUCUGCACCCUGCCCUUGUCACCUGCUGAUGGCUGCCCUGGGUGGGCUCACGUCAGACAGCGCUGAAGUCGACUCUGCCCUUGGCAACACCCACACCCUCUCGUCCCUAAUCCCCUCUCCCUUCCUCCUCUUGGUCCUCAAAUAAGAGAUGCAGAGGUGAGGUCCUUCUGGACGGAAAGCCAAAAAAGAGAAAGAAUUUUUCCUGUUUUUUUCUUCCUAGUUAAAAUGGCAAGGGGUAAAGAAUUCCCUUCCUGUCCCUGGCCUCCUCCCCUCCCUUCCCCUCCCUGUACAUGCCCCAGCACCCUGGGGCUGUUUAACAAUAGCAAUAGUUCUAGUGAAUGUGUGAAACCGAGAAACACUCUGUACUGUGUGCGGACCCGCAGUGACGGCCAGUAAAGUGGACUUAACUCCCAAGUGUGUCGAGCCGGACACCGGGCCCUGAACAUGCUGCUUCCAUGUUCAGUCCCUUCCCUGUUCCUCACUUGUUUCUCUUCCCCCUUCUCCCUGUUUUUACGAUUUUUGUCCCACCCCAUAAUGUAAAAACUAUCGUGUACGGGUUCUUUUCCCCCCCCCCCACCCUUCCCCUUAUGUGGAAAACAAAGUUCAGAGCUCCCUGUCUGUCCUCAUCUCCUGCCAAUAGUUACCCUCUAAAACGUUGGAUCCUCCUCACGUGCUGAGUUUUCUAGCUUUUCUGAAACUCUGACUGGGGAGAGGGCAGGGGGUCUUCCUGGGCCUUCCAGUCUCCUUCCCCGCUUCCCAAACCUCCCUCUUGGGAACUCCUCAGGGACAACUACUGCUGAGUCUGAGUGCUGCUCCGAGAUGGAGGCCCUCAGAGAGAGGGGGACAGGUGUGUGUGUGCGUGUGUGUGUGCGUGUGUUGUGUACACGUGUACGUGUACAGGUGUGUGCACUUUCACACAGAUGAGAGCUGUGACCCUGUUGUGUGUAAUGCGAUCCAUUCAUGUUCCCUCAAGUAUGUUUUUAUUCCCACCUUUCCCGAUGUUUCAUGCCGUCAUAUUCUUGUCUUUGGGAAAACACAGGAACUGUUUCUCUGGGGAUAAGUCUGUCUCUCCUCAUGGUUAUAUCUGUUCCAGCCUCUUCAAACUGUGCAAUCUUUCAGCAGGAACUCUCUCCUCGCAGUAGCUUCAAGUCUUGAGAAUUUGUUGGGAGAGGGUAGAACUGGAUCUUUCCUAAACCAUGAGUGUCUGGGUUUAGUUGUUUUCCUUCCUUGCAUCUACUUCAUAUCCCCAGCAGCCAGCUCCUGGAGCAUAGGAUGGGUAGGAGGGGAGAGGGUCUGGUGUGCCACUGCCCUGCGUGACUAAGCCCAGGUUAAGCCCCCAACACGUGAGAGGAAAGCUGCUAACUCCGAGCUACAGCCAUGGGCCUCUGGCCCCUGCUUUCCUGCUCAGCAAAGCCCCUCCCAUCAGAAAUUACGGGUACUUGCACUGGGGAGGUGGCUGCUAGCUGGCCUAAGCAGAGCUGAGGCAUCCGAGCAAUGUUCCAUGGGUGGAGGUGGAGGUGGCGCAUUCCUUGUACUCCAGCAGUACUGAGGGGUGGGGCACUGCAGGUUCCUGGGCAGCCAGCCCCUCCCUCCUUUCCAGCCCACCCUCCCUCCCUACCGCCUAUUUCUAAAGUCGCCUUUUCUGUCGAUAAACCUCAAAACUUAAUUUUAUUUGAGAAUUUUUUUUUGCUUUUAAAUAAGAGGUGGAUUGAAGAAUAUUUGAAUUGACUUUAUAUUAUGCAUAAAUAUUUAUAUUUUAUCUAAAUAACUGUGCCGUAACAAACUUUGUGUUAGUCAGAUGUUUGGGACUGUUUCCCUUGGCAUAAAUGUACUGGAUCCUUCAUUCGCUGCUGGAGGUGGGAGGGGAGUGCCUCCUUGUCUGUCUGCUCCAGCUCUUUCCUAGGGACCAGGCCCCCUCUUAAGGGUGGGAUGGAUGGAGGUCUUGGACCUGAUUUGAAGAAGCGGGGCUUAGGGGUGAUGGGGUAGGGCAUGAUUAAAGGGGCCAUUUCUCACUUUUCGUUUUCACUGCCCCUCGAGCUAGGUGGCUUUUCUCUUAAUGACAGAGUAUUUGGUAGGGAAUGCAGGUUAGAGAUAAAGACAACCCACCCUGCCCUGUGUGUCCUCCCCCCCCCCCCAAAUCUGGUAACAGCAAGAAACCAUCAACACCAACAAAUUUCCAUGUCCCUUUUACAGCAAAAGGGACUGACUUUUUAUAUAACCAAAUGUGGUGUUUUAGUGACUUUUUGAUAAUGUACAGUUUUUUGUGAAUUUAAAUUUAUUUCUUUCUAUAUUUUUAGGACCAAUCUCAUUUUUAAUAAGGUUUUAAAAAAGGAAAAAAAGUCUAGA